AUGGGCUUCACCCUUGCCCGUUAUGUAGGGCUAAGCAUUUUAGCUGCCUCUGCAGUUGUAUAUCAUGCCUUCGCAACACGCCAGCACUUUUACAGGGCAGCGAUGUAUUUGUCAUCUUCGAAAAUCGCUGUGGCAGCUAUGGGAAAUCUCGCAUUUGCGCUGGCGUUAUGUACGCACCAGCUGGUUAUUAAGAUGUUUCUCGGGAGCUUGCGUGAUAUCGAGCAGGAGAUGAUCCGCGAACGCCUGAGUAGCGCUGUUAUGGAGUCACUGCUGGCGUUGACAAUUUUUCGAGAGGAGUUUUCAACGUUCUUUGUAGCCAUGUUUGCAAGCCUGGUGUUCAUCAAAGUAAUGCAUUGGCUUGUGCAGGACCGAGUGGAUUAUGUGGAGGUGACCCCAACCAUUUCACUGUUUGGGCAUCUGAGGAUCGUGUCAUUCAUGGCGCUGCUUCUGGCUUUGGACACGGCGUUCCUUCAGUACACGAUUGCUGGGACCAUCCAGUCGAGUGGUCAAUCCGUAAUGCUGCUUUUUGCUUUCGAGUACGUCAUCCUGGCAUCGACCAUUGUUCGGUACGCACUCAAGUACGGCAUGAGUAUGGUUGACCUGGCUAUGGACGGCAACUGGACGGGCAAGGGCACGGCUGUCUUCUACCUGGAGCUCAUUGCCGACCUGCUGCACCUGUUUGUCUACGCUACGUUCUUCGCCAUUGUGUUCAUGCACUACGGCCUGCCGCUGCACUUGGUCCGUGACCUCUACAGCACCUUCCGCAACUUCCGAUCUCGCAUGCACGACUUCCUGCGAUUCAGACAGGUGACCGCUCGCCUUGACCGCUUCCCGGACGCGUCGGCGGAUGACCUUCGUCGCUGCGAUGGCGUUUGCAUCAUUUGCAGGGAGGAGAUGGCCCAGGCCGGUUCAAACAAGCGUCUGUUCUGUGGCCAUGUGUUCCAUCUGCAUUGCCUCAGGUCCUGGCUGGAACGGCAGCAGAACUGCCCGACCUGCCGCGCGUCCGUUUUCCGCCGGCCCCCAGCUGGCCAGCAGCAGGCGCAACCC